AUGGAAAAGGUCAUCGACUACCGCAUUACCUCGCGCCCGAUGAUCGAGGGUCACAACAAGAAAGCUGUUGCAGCCGGCGACAGCAACAAGAUCCUCGACAUCUGUGAGGAUGAGUUCGUCCACAUUUACUGUGGCGACACCAUCUUCGUUGUCUUCCGCGAGGUCAUCACCGCGGGAUCCAUGUACUUCGAUGCCUGUCUCCUCGGCUUCUUCAAGGAGUCCCACAACCAGGAGAUCUUCUUCGAUGACAUCGAGUCCAAGGCUCUGAAAUUCUACCUUCAACUCACUCACGGCUGGUACUUUGAGAUAAAGUCUUUCGGUAGCAAGGUCGUUCCCUUCUCUCUGUUCGAUGAUCUCAUCUACGCGAACGAUCCCGAGGCCUUCAAGCGAGCUCACUUGGAGAUUCCUCAAAUCAAGCUCAAGACCAUGGCUCAGGUCUGUAUUCUCUGCGAUCGUUUCCUUCACCGUUCGCUUCUCUGCAUUGUCAGACACAUGUUCCUGACCUUGCUGGCACGUACCAAGAAGAACUGGACCACCCUCAAGUACGAGGAUUCCGACUGGAACACGAUGUACCACGUCGACUUCAUGCUCGACUACAUGGCUGCCUUUGACCUCUUCUCUACCGGUCACGAUGAUGAGCACCUCAUCAGACAUGCCAUCUCGGAGAGCUUCUACUGGUUCACCAGAAACACCCCAUCUCUCGUCCAGCAUUUCUGGAACAUCAUGAGUCCCAAGUUCAUUGAGGAGUGGAAUGUCUCUCGCCACAUUGUCUGGGAUUCAGAGUCGGAGAUCAUCAUCGGCCGCGAGUACGUCAGAUUUGACCACGCCAAGAAGCUGUUCAUCACUGAUCAGCUCGUCUUCGAGAACUCGACCAAGCAGCAGAAGAACAUCAGAAACGGUCGUGUCGACAACAUGUGCUCGAUCGGUGACCGCAUCAAGCUUUUCCCCUUCGUUGAGGAGCAGGAGGACAACCGCACCCGCAUCGCCCGCCUCCGCGCCAUCGUCGAGCAGGUCCAGCGCAAGAGCACCACUCAGUACCGUAGCUUUAUUCCCGGCGCUAAGGUUCACCCGAUCACUGGCCAGAAUGACCUCGGCCAGCGUGCUUCUUCCAAGAAGCAGGCCAAGAACAAGACUAGCCAUGCCGGAGGUGGCAAGGGCGGAGGAGGCCGUGAUCGUGAUAACAUGGUUGAGAUUCAACGCAACCACAAGGCUGGCAACCGCCAGCCUAAACGUGCCCAAGCCCUGCGCGGUGGCGGUAUCGCUGAUGCUACCCUUGAGGACACUCACGGCCAUGACGGCGGUGUUGAUCGAACUCACGGCGGCGGACGUGGUCAGACUCGUAGCCGUGGUCGUGGUGGCGGUCGUGGUAAUGGCGGUGCUCAUGGCCACGCUCAGAACGAUACUCAGGACCGUGCUCAGGUUCACGUUGAAGGUCAGGCCCAUGGUAGUGGCGGCGGUCGUCGUGGCGGCGGUCGUGGCAAGAACCAGGGUCAUGCUCAGGGCCAUGUUCAGGGACAUACUCAAGACACUGCUCAUAACCCUGCUCAGGGUCAAGCUCAAGGUCACGGUCAAGGUCGUGGCGGCGGCCGUGGCAAGACUCGUGACCGUAAAGAGCGUCGCGCUCACAAGACUCAGGACAACUCUUGA